ACUGAACUGCCUGAGGACAAGAUUUGGUUGUUUGUGAUCCAGACCUGAUUACAUGACUGACUCUUGCAAGUGAGGUUGAGAAGUGAUGGAGACCAAAACAGAGAUUGGACAACAGCCUGACACUCAAACAUCAAGCUCAGAGGAGGAAGAUUUUGAGGAUGGCUUUGUUCAGAUGCUGGCCAGCCAUCUUGAACAAGAGAAAGAUGUUGAGAGUGGUUGUGAAGAGGAUGAUGACUAUGAGAAGCAGAUGGAACCAGGAACAUCGCAGACUGAACAAAGUUCUUCUGUAGCAUCCCAAAAAAUGGUGUCCCCUCCCGAACCAUCCACAUGGGACCUCAUGUGCUACAUAAACAAGUGGAAGAGGGCUCACUCAAUUGGCCACCACAUCAACAUGCUGACCAGGGACCCUGGUCGAAAGGCACUGAUCAUUCAGCAUGAACUACAGUGUAAAACUAGUAUCCCUCUACCUGUGGUGUGUAUGCUUGAGGGGGAGGCCUUGCAGAUUCUGAGGGAAAUUGAGAAAGAGUACAUGUACAAUUUUGGUGCCACCCACCCCCUUACUUUGGAGGCCCAGCAAAAUAUUGAGAAGUUGGAGACCCAGGUGACGGCUAAGGAAGGAAACAGGCCAGUACCAGAGAAGGGGUGGCUGCAGAGGGUUCUGAGAUGGGGCAGGACGCUGGCGAUCAGGCUGGGGGGUUCCUGGGGUCUUGGCUGAAGAUGGAAACACUCCAAAGUAGGAAUGUCCACCCAGAACAGAAGGAAACCCAGAUGAACCAAAAUAUAUAACAGUUGUGUCACUGAGUGGAUAUAAAAUAGUAUUUUCAGGACUGAAACAGAUUGGUUCUCAUUUUUUUUAUGAGUUCAACAUGCUAGCACAGUAGGAGAC